UGGAACCAGCUCCCCUUCUUCCCUCUCUCCGAGUCAAAGCGACGGACAAGUGGCCAGUGGCCAUUUAUAGAACCUUGCUGCCCAGACUAAGUAGGACCCACACACGGCUGGUGAAUGGUGAACUGGGCAGAUCCCAAUGUCAUCUCGAAAUGCAGCAACAUCUUAGAAUACCUUAAUUUCCUAUGUCUCGGUGUGUACAUUUGGGAGUAUAUAAAAUCAUGGCAAGUUGAACUUGCUUUGAUUUGCAGACGCAUGCCGCCUCGAUGGCCUCUACUGCCAUACAUCACCGGUCGUAUUCUUCUUCUGACGUCUGCGAUUAUGAUCUGCUGGAUCGCCAGCCCGAGCUCCCAAGUCCUAGAUUGUCACAGUGCUUUUUUGGCCUUUUCUUUUGCAGCAAAUUCAUCCAUUGGCUGUUCUUCUUUGAAUUUGAUGCUACGACCAUUCAUGAUUUGGAAAGGGUUCAGCUGGGUCCGUAUAUUUCUGGUAUUAGCCACGAUUGGCCAGUGGAUAUUCCUGUUACGGGUGAUGAUUGACUUCACCGUCAUGGAAGUGAACGAUAGCUGUGGCUUCAUGCUCGUUGACCAUGAUGAUAUGACCACUCUAUUUGUCUACACGAUGUGUUAUGAUAUACUGGCACUUGCUAUGACUAUAAUCGGCCUUCGGAAAACACCAUCAUCAAAUGUAAUAUGGAGAACGUUGCAUAAACAAGGGAUAGCAUAUGUCUUGAUCACCUGCUUUGCAAAUAUUAUCCCAACCGUUAUGUCUGCAUUAAACCUGAAUCCUGCCAUGAACGUUAUAUUUGCAAUGCCGGCAUCUGUCGUCAGCACUAUCGCAUCGAAUCGAAUAGUUCUGUCUCUUAUAAACCUACAGUCGAGCGCCUCCACGGAGGAAAUGGGUAGUCGAGAUAUACCACUUACCACCAUGCUAACACUGCCCACGUGAGUUCUUGCUUUGAAUUUAACCUUCAUCAAAUGAUGAGCAUGGCACACAGCGCAUCCUCCAUGGACCCUCAGAACUACGUAUGAUGUUUGGGACACAUCAAUCUGCCAGUUUCUGUUGAUAAACUUGGAGAG